UCUUGCUCUCAAUCUGAUCGAAUCAAGCUCAUCAGACCAACAACAAACUCAAAAGGACACCCCAAAGAGAGAAGGGGGGAAAUGAAACGAGAGAGGAAGUGAGAGUGAGCGAGUGAGAGAGCCAGGAGGAGUGGGGGGAGAGUCAAGAGGAACAACUACAACAACAUCAAGACCGAGAGACGGAACAGAGAACGGCACCACCAACACAGACAGAGCCCGACCAAACACAGCAGCCAGCAAGCCUCAAACCUCGCAUCACCACCUCCAUCCCCGUGGCAGCAGCAAGCCACCCGCCGCCGCCGCCGCCGCCGCCGCAGCACCAGCAGCACCAGCAGCAGCAGCGUGCCUCUCCAACCUUCCUGCCGCCCCGAGUGAAGCUCGUCCCAGCGGCAGCACGUCUCAGCAGCGGCGCGGGGAGCCCAGCUGGAGAUCGGUUUCUGCAGUACCUGCCUCCUCUCCUCCUCCGCGCCAGGGGGAGCGCGCGCGUGCGCCAGCCAAGUGAUUUUUGGUGAGUGGGUUGCAUAAGUAGAUAGGCAGGACUGGAGGCAGAGUACAAUAUUCUCUGGAUAUCCAGUUGUAGAUAAAUACAUUCUGGUUCAAUUGUAUUUACAUGGAAUCUCUUUCCUGAGAGAUGCCAACAUCUAAGCCACCAUCGGUGCCACCGGCACCAAGCCUGCAACCAUUACCAUCAUCUGCAGUACGACAGAGCAGUCGUAUUGACCUUCGUGAGAUCAAGUCCAGGAUUGUUAAGACAAUUGGGCCAGAACGAGCAAAGAAGUACUUUCAACAUCUGGAGAGAUUCUUAUCAUCAAAAUUGAGCAAGAAUGAGUUUGAUAAGCUCUGUCUUGUGGCACUUGGCCGGGAGAACCUCCCAUUGCACAACCACCUCAUCCGUUCUAUUCUUUUCAAUGCCUCUGCAGCGAGUGGCCCACCAGAAAUUAAUGCAUCUAAGAUGGCUGAGGAUGUCACCAAUUCAGAACAUACAAUGGUUCCACAGGUCUGGAAUGGUGACACUUUGAGCAAGCAUGUCAAAGACAAACACUCAUUGAGCAGAAGUGUCAACACAUUGACGCAGCAUUCAUCACUGACCCAUGGUGAGACUAUCAAUAGGGAGAAUGGUGCUCCAAAUUUGAUUGGUUUGAAGAGAUAUACUCAGCUUCGGCAAAGUGAGCAUGUGGAGCCAUUUACCAAGCGAUCAUGUAUGGGGAAGGCACCAUUGAAUUUUCAUGGCUCUCUACAUAGCAAUGGACCUUCUGCUUUAAAUGCUAGAGAAUCCUUGGGAGAAGAAAUUACACAACAUGCUCAAGUUCCGGUGCAAGCUCCAAUUGGGAUUCAGUUUGGCGCUGCUAAUUUUUGCCAGGCUAAAAAACCUUCAGCCAUUGCUUCUGCCACUUCAGAUGAUAGCUCUAUAUGUUGUUAUGACCUUGGUGAACUAUGUGAUACUUCGUCACUUAAAAAGAAAAUGGAAAAAACAGCACAAAUGGAAGGCUUGGAAGGUGUCUCAGUAGAGUGUGCUGAUUUGUUGAAUAAUGGAGUUGAUGUUUUCUUGAAGCAAUUGAUUGGAUCUUGUGUUGAGCUUGUUGGAGCAAGGUCUCAACAUGCUAAACUAAGCCAUGCUGCAUUGAAGCAGCAGCUGGGCCGUAAGCUAGUAAAUGGUGUAUCACUGCAAAAUCAUACCCAUGUGCAGGGUGGCAUUAUACCUCCAGAGACCAAGUCAAUCUCAAUGCAAGACCUAAAGGCAGUGUCAGAACUAAACCCUCGUCUGCUUGGGGUUAACGCAUCAGGGCUACUUGAAAAGAUCAAUUCACAUGACUAAUUGGAUGGAGCAAGUUGGGUUUUUUCACAUUGCAAGAUUGUACCAACUUGAUGGUGUCUCUUGCUUCAUGGCCUUUGUAUUCAGGUCAUAACUUACUGAGGGUGGUGAAACCUGGAGAAGGCAGGCAGGCUUUCUAGUUUGUACAGUAUGCUGAAUUGCUGAUAAUGCUGUAUCUGAUAUCCUGCGCAAAUUUUGAAAUAAGCAAAGUUCUGAGUAUCUUCUAGAAGGCUAGAGGCUGUAUAAUAGACCCAUCCGUUGUCUGCAUCCAAGCACCAGUAAAGAGGCACAAGUGCUUAACAGAACUAUGGUGCGCGGCUCCAAAUGAAUUGAUGAACCAUGACUCUAAUGCUGGUGUGGUUCUGCAAUUGGUACUUGGCUGUUUUCCUUGGAUGAAGUUGUAACCUGUGCUUAACUGGCCAUUUGUCAAGAACAGGAGCCUCCAGGAACCCAUGCUGAUGCCUGAUGGCACCAAAUCUGUAAAUGGGCUAACAUCCAGGAUCUGCCAAAGUCGUGUUUUAUUGUCCAUGGUGAAUGUAUCUGGCAGAGGAUGCAAAGACGGCACACGGUGGAAUUCGGUCGCCAUUUCCUUGGAGCUGGCUGCCUAUUGGAAAGAUGUGGUGGGACUCUUAUCCCCAUGGUACAGAUGAUGGGUCUCUAUUUACUCCCUAACCUGACAGUUGCUACAAAAUUGCAACCCCAGUUGUACGUCUCGUGGAGCUUCCACAUACAGAAGAAAUGCCCUCCGCUCAAGGAUCAAUACUGAUACUGACUGCUGUGCAUACAAUCAUUGUAACAUGUGUAGCAUUACUCUAGCGAAAUCAUCAGUGCAAAAAUGUGUGGUAUCAGUCAUGGCCAUGCGUAACAUGAGUGCAAAAGUUUCACAAAUGUAACAUGUUUGGCAUCAGCCAUGGCCAUUCCCCUCAAACGGCUCUCGGCCGUGAUGUUUCACGAUCACUAGGAGUUGGGCGUGAGAUGCAAGUUUCCCCGGGUUCUGUUUGGUUCUGUAGCUCUAAACUUAUGCUCUGGCCUCACCCUUGCGAUCAACUUUUGCUUGGAUGGAUAAA